AAACGAAACGAGGUUUUACGGGUAUUUCCCUUUAAAUAACGUACAGUCCGCCAUUUGCAGAGAGAAUAUCAGAUACCCUAACAGUGUUACAUAAUGGAUCACAUUCCCCGUCUAUCAGAGGUCCUGUAUGUUGGUCUGUGUCGUAAGAUAGGGACACCAACAGAAGUGGCCAUCAGAAGGGAUGUGAAGGACAUGGAUGAGAUGAUAAAGAAACCUAUUUAUAGACAUAGAGGAAGUAUUGUGAUGGAUAGUGGUAGUUAUAGAGAGGGAUUUAGGUUGAGAUCAUCUGACCGGCAUAAAAUGUUCUGGCUUUGCAAAUAUAAACUAAUAACUGACAUUUCCCAGUCUCGGUUUUAUAAUAACACAAAACAUAUCAUUUUACUUAUGGAAGAUUCUGAUACACCGCCAGGAUUUGUCAAACUACGCCUCCUGACACCAGUGCAGAUAUCAUGCCUUGUUCUCUUUAAUGGCGGGGCUUAUUUAUCUAGUCGUCUCUGGAGAGAAAAAGAUUUUCAGGACAGGAUUGAGAAAGGUUCCUACUCUGAAAAUGUUAGAAUCCAUGGUCCUUGUAGUAGUGGUUUCCUUUAUGGCCUUCUUGAAUUCGAUGAAGCUUAUUGUUUAGCUACUUUUCCUUGGUCUAAACUAUUAGGACGUUGGGUUGAAAGAUGUCAAAGGCAUACCUGGCCGCCGGUACCUGUGUUAGAAAAAAUCCUUAAAAAUGAUUGUCACUGUGUGCCUAUUGGUAGUAAAGUUGGUGUGAUAUCUAACGAUCUGGAAUGGAGAUUAUCAUUUUCUCAAGCCGAGCAACAACUGGUGUGUACCAUGAAUCAUACACAAUUUCUAUGUUAUGGACUCCUGAAAAUAUUUCUGAAGGAAGUUAUCAAUUGUGGGGAUGAUAAAUUACUGUGUUCAUAUUACAUGAAGACCACAAUGUUCUGGAUGAUGCAAUCAGGACAAAUUGAAUGGCGCCCGAACAACUUACUGGAUUGUUUUUGGAGGUGUUUUAAAUAUCUUCUUCAUUGUGUUUAUUGUGGAGACUUUCCUAACUUUUUUAUUCCACAGAACAACAUGUUCAUAAACAAAAUUGUUGAUGAUGCACGUGGAUCUCUUGUAGAACAACUUUAUCAGUAUUACAGAAUGGGCAUGCCCUGUUUACUGCUGAGUCCGACUCUCAGAUCGUUCCUAGAACCAGCCCUCUGUACCCUGUCCUUUGUGUUAUCCGCUGCUGAGGGAGAAUUUAUGAGUGCUGCAGAAUUAGAUAAAUGUGGCAUAACUGAAUUGUGUAAUUUAAGUUUUACUGCUAAACAAAAAUGGGCAUCUUAUCUUUAUUUAAAAUCAGUCACAACUCUCUCGCGGUUAUCAAUUUCACCACACCAGUUGUUAACAUUACAAUUCUGUACUGCUGAGACUCUUGUUUCUUCAGCGUUCAUGAUGGUAAACAGUGCGUCAUGUUGUACACAUAGAAAUAUCUAUAACUUAGAUAUAAUUAUUUGUGGCAUGUUGAAAAUGGCAUCAAAAUUAGGUCCUGUGUUCUUUUUACUUUAUCUAGCAUUGUAUUAUUAUAGAACAUGGAGAUUUGUUAAAACACUUCAUAUCACAUAUAUCACUCAACAAAGACUAUCGCAGGCAUUUGUUAUAUAUAAUAUUGAUACUAUUGAUAGGCAAAGAUACAAUGAAGCUGUAGGUAAUCUACCUUUGUCUCGAAGAAUGAAGAUAGCUUGGGUGGAGAAUGUGUGUUUAUUUGAAAAUAUCCCCUGUAUUGAAGAAUUAUAUUUAGAACAGUUUUUGAGUCAACAAAAUGGAAAUUCACUCUUAUUUGUAUCACCGUUUGUAAUGGUAGAGAUGUUGUUGGUGUUAUCUCACCAUAGACUGGGUAAUAGAUCUCAGUGUUUACAGUCACUGACAGACCUACAGACACUGCUGAUCUAUGAUGACGGGACAUAUGUGCCUUUAUACACCAGAGACAUAUCUUGGCAGCUACUAGGAAUCUGUCAACAUGGUUUGGGAGACUUACACGGGGCUUUAGAGUCUUUUGAAGAGUCGCUCAGACAGGAAUCAUUCAAUGAAAUAAAAGAAGCUACAUAUAUUAGAAUAAAAUGUGUUAAACAACAAUUACAUAGAAAUGAUAGCUGACAGCUGAAGAUACCGUAUCUAAAAAAAAAAAUAAGUUAAAUGUGGUGGUUAAUUUGGGAUUAAUUUGUUGACCCACCAGCCUCCUUAAUUUAAAAAGUAAUGAAAAUUAUCUCCACUCUAUAUAACAUUUACUUUUAAUCUUGUACUUCCUUUUACAAGUUUGACUAUUCUGAAGGAUUAUAAAUAUACCUAAUUUUGAGAUUGGUUAAAGGAACUCAAAACAAAUAAUGUUUUAAAAAAACCUUCAUGCUUUUCGUAUAAUUUGAGGAUAAAAUAACCCAACUCACAUAAUGUUGUUAGCACGUGAAAAGUAUAUGUACUAGUAGGAUAUUAUUAUUUGCAAAAAUAUUACAACAGUACUGUCUUAUUGAAUUUAUCUACAAAAUCUUAACUGUGUUACACCUUUUUCAUUUUAAAAUCUUUCAUAAAGACUUAAUCGUAAGUUAUAUAAUCUGGUGUCAUAGUCUGCUUUUAAAUAAAAGUAGACUGAAGAAGGAUAUGGAAAUAACGAACAGUAUUCAAUCUCAACGUCCAUUAAACAAUAUACAAAAUAAGAGCAGAGCAAACACGGACCUCCGAAACAUCAGAGGUGGGAUCAGGUGCCAUGGAGGAGUGAGCAUCCCCUGAAUAUCUUUAUAUUAAUAAUAUAUUCAUAUUCGACAUUAGAUUGAAGCAUGUCUUCGAAGAAAUUAGAAAAUUUCAAAACUUCAAUAGCUUUGAUAAAUAUCUACAUCAAGUGAAGAUUUUCAUUUAUUUUUUUUUCUUCUGAAAAACCACUCUCUGUUAUCAUUCUGUUUACUUGUAAGAACCCGUUUUUCAAAGCCACCUGUAUGAAAGACUUUUUAAGUAACUGACUUAAUUAUACAAACUAUU